AUGACGGCUACUGAACAGCAUACAACGGAUUUAUUUCGUCAUCAAAUACCAUCAACUGUGUCAUGUCUAUCAUCAAAUGUUGGUUCAAUAACAGAUUUUCUUAUCACUUCCGAACAUUCCUCAUUAAAUAUUGAUGAACAAGUAUUAGAAAAUAGUAAACAAGAAGAUAUAUCAAUAUGUGAAAAUGUUUAUGAACCAUCAAAUGAAUCAAAUCUAUCGAGUGGUAAAGAAAAAUUAGGUCAUCGUCGUGUUGAUGAAACAGGACAAGUAACAUAUAAACGUUUUAUGGUCGAUGAUCUUAUGAGAUCAUUACAAAUUGGUUUGAAUUAUAUUCUUGGUAAACAUAAUCAACCUCAACGUCAGGUACUUUAUCAAGAUUAUCAACAAGUUGAAUAUCAAGAUUUUCCACCAGAAGGUUCAAAAUCUACUCCUAAACAUUCAUAUGCUGAAUUUCGUUUAAAAGCUUAUGCACCAACAGCAUUUCGAUUUUUUCGUAAUGCAUUUGAAGUUGAUCCAUCGACAUUUAUGUUAUCACUUUGUGCUAAAGAUUUACGUGAAUUACCAAAUCCAGGUGCAAGUGGUUCAAUUUUUUAUAUAACAGCUGAUGAUGCAUAUAUUAUAAAAACAGUAUCAAAAAAAGAAGCAAAACUUUUACUAGGUCUUUUACCUGGUUAUUAUAUGAAUUUAACACAAAAUCCUUUUACACUUUUACCAAAAUUUUUUGGCCUUUUUUGUUAUCAAAGUUCUAAUAAAAAUAUUCGUUUUGUUAUUAUGAAUAAUUUAGUACCAACAAAUGUUAAAUUAGCUGAAAAAUAUGAUUUAAAAGGUUCAAUUUAUAAACGAAAAGCAUCUGAAGAAGAACAUAAACGUGAAGUACCAACAUUAAAAGAUAAUGAUUUUAAAUAUCAACAUCCAUAUGGUUUAACACUCGAACCAUUUUUCUAUGAUCAAUUAAUGCAAACAAUUGAAGAUGAUAUUCGAGUAUUGAGUAGUUUUGAUAUAAUGGAUUAUUCACUUCUAUUAGCUAUUCAUAAUAUAACUGAAGAAAUGAAAUCAACACAAAAUCUAUUGUCUAUGUCACCAUUACCAUCACAAGAAAUAAUAACUGAAAAUGAAACAAAUUCAUCAGAUACAAUGACUAAUAAAUCAUCAAAUAUGCAUGAAGAACAAACAACAAUAUCAACAGAUACUAAAAUUGCUAUGGCACAAUCAUCUAAUCAUCCAACUUAUAUACAAUAUUUACGUGUUAUUGAUUUUAUUCGUGCACAACAAGAACAAUCAAUUAUUAAUACUAAACAAACAUUAACAGAUACUCCUAUUGAUAAUAAUGAUACAGCAAGUAUUAAAACAGUUAAACAAGAAUUAUCACCAGUGUUAAAUACAUUUACAGAAAAAACACCUGAAUUAAAUGAAGAAUCAUUAAAUUCUACAAAUAUGUUUUUGAAUACAGAUAGUAAAAUUCCCAUAAGUCAUCAGAUCAGUGUGUCAUCAUCAUCAUCAUCAUUCCAUUUAACUAAUGGUUUAAUCGGUGGUAAUGUUUGGUAUAAUCGACAAAGUCUUUCACGUCUUGCAAUGGCCGGUAUACCAGCUGUAAACAACAAUGGUGAUUUAUUAUUAUUAUAUGUUGGUAUCAUUGAUAUUCUACAAGAUUAUCGUCUUCGGAAAAAAUUAGAACAUGUAUUCAAAUCAACAUUAGUAACUAGGGAAGAAAUAUCUGUUUGUAAUCCAAGUCAUUAUGGUGCUCGUUUUGUCAGAUUUCUUUCGCAUAAAGUAUUUCGUAAAGGAGCUCGAACUGGAAAUACUUUACUAUCUGAUAGUCAGUCAAAUACAGAUCGUAUUACUUUUCAUAGUAGCAGAUUAUUAAAUCCAUCGUCAACAAAUCGUUCUCAAAUCAGUGAUGAUAGUUCAUCAAUAACGAACAACAACGCAAUUUAUACGCGAAAAUCUUGA